CUACAAACAACAGAGAUGAAAGAGACUGAAGCCAGUCAAGCAACAAAAGUAAGAGGGACGACCUAAGUUCGCAUUGGAAGAAGUUUGUCGAGCAAAAACAACAUCGAUCCGAUUUGUUAAACAAGCAAGAUGUCAGUUAAUAUCGGUGAUGUCGAUAUGGCGCCAUUACUGGAAUAUCUGGGUCAGCAAAAUUUCGAUAUGCGGAUAGACGACGAUCACAUCCCGUAUGCCUUUCGCUGCGAAGGAGUUUCCAUCGUGUACGAAGGCUUGAAAGCGGAGUACCUGAAAGUCCAUAAGAAAAUUCCAAAAGCGAAACAGCAGCAAGCUGGACUUGGAGACAGGGGCUCAUGGAUGAGAGUAAAGGACAGUCAUGUCGAUAUAUUUAUCGAAAACAAAAGUAGGCCAGGAGUACCUAUCGUGAAGGUGGUGGUUCAAAGAGAGAAAACCGCAUUUGCCGAGGCACGCCAAAUGAAUGACGGGGACAAGAAGAUCGUGCGGGGCGAGGUGACCAUACCGUACGAGUGCAAAGCAAUAAGCGCAUCGAGCUGGAGACUGUCACUCGAUCUUGACACUGUUUACAUGGCAUCUGAAGGAGGCGUCAACAAAGAGGUCUAUGCCUUAUGUCCUUCGAAUAUCGAAAAGACAAACAAGUUUCAGCUGGUUACUGAAGUUUAUGUCAGACAGGUUGACGAGUUUGGCAAGCAAGUGGAUAUGCUAAUCGGAAAGAAGGAAUCAAAGCCAUUUCUGUUGAGAACGGAGCCCAGGCACCCCCCAGCUAACAAAACAGGAGCCAUCACGAAUGGUGGUUACUCUCCAAGCAGUUCAUCAGAAGCCUCCCCGGAGCAAGUUGAUUUACCUGACGGUAGUUUCAACAAUCUUCGUGCCAACACAGCCGAUUUUCAUACGCUUAGCGCCCAAGUGGUUUCGUCUUCAAAUCGCGACAUUGGAUAUCAUAUUCCGCUAAAGGAUUUGAGCCAGAAGGGAAAACUAAAGGAAGGCGAUGUCGUUGUGUUUCUUGACGAUGAGAGCAACAGAACGAAGAUUGAAAAAAUGAAUGAAAGUAAUUACAAGAAUGCCAAGCUUGCUGGGGUGAUCACACGGAGCUACUAUCUUGAGGGGCGAUGCCCAGAAGCAGACAAAGGCGAGACCGAUCUAGUUUGCAUUAUCGGUAUCGUAAAGGUUCGAGUGGUGGGCCCUGUAUACAACGGAGAACAGCUUUAUGCGUACCCUGAGAGGCAUGGCGUUGCUGCUACGCGUUCAACCAUCUCGCUUGAUCGAAGUGACGUCAGCCAGAGGCUUCUUCUCCUAGGACAAGCUUUGGAAUCCAAGCCAGAUACCGGGAUACAGGAAGAAGCCCUCGUUUCAUCUUUAAUAUCUGUUGUUAAUGGGAUUGACAGCCUCGCUAUGACACAGAAAGUAUCAGAUUUGCAUGUGAAGAUCGAUGAUACUAUAAAGAGGACAAUGGCAAAUACUACUAAAAAACUGAAACGACACAUGUUUUGGGUGAAGCUUCUGUUUCUGCUGAUACUGGCAACAGUUGGCAUUGCGCUUUGGCAGAGGUAUGCUCCCAAUACGCUGUUCCGGAACAGUGCCUGUAAAAAGGGCUCACUUGACGAGAAAACAAUGGUUCUUUCAUUUAAUACAUCUUGGGAGAAAGUUUCGAUAACAGCUUUGGAGUUCACAUUUGAGAGCCUUAAAACCAAGGUUUACAAUAGCGAUGAUCUUCAUCCACGCAAAGAAAAAGGAAUGCGCUAUUUCAUAAACUACAAAAGAUGUUGCAACCGGGGUGUGAGUUACGGUAACAAAUAUGUGGAUGACACCGUGACCGUUGCGGGACCGGAAGUGCUCAGUAGCGAUCAGGCGUGCAAACCGGAGUCGGUUAAGUAUUUGAAUGACGGUCAGUGGGUACGAUUGCAAAAUGCUAAGCGGAAAGUUCUUAUCGAUAACUGCAAUAGCUCGCUAUGAUUAUACUUUUUAAGUAAGCAAGUAUUGAACAUUGCUAAUACUUAAAAAAAAACAAAAAUCAGUUUAACAGCCUAUACAAUGAGCCUGUGUAAAACACGGAAUUCCAAGCUACGCUCGUGAGCGCUUGCUCGGUCCAACUCCAGUUCACUGUAAACCUGAAACUUCCUACCCGACGACAACAAAUGGAAAUUACUGUCUUCUAUUACGUUUCAACUAGUCUGGGUCGUCUGUUAUAGUCCGGGUCAUCUGUUAUGGCCCGGGUCGUCUGUUAUAGUCCGGGUCGUCUGUUAUAGUCCGUUUCGUCUGUUAUAGUCCGGGUCAUCUGUUAUAGUCCGAGUAUGCUUAUUGUAUGGUUCAGGCCAAGGGUAACAUGGGGAAUUUCGUUGCCAUUAUGUGGUGAGCUGGAGUUGCAGCUAACUGGAUCUUGGAAUUCAGUGAAAAAAUUUGAUAAGCACUAGAAUAUCAGAAAGCUUGAAGUUGUUCUGUGGACGGAACAGGAUGUUUUCGAGAUACUUAGGGAGGCUAUUUUCAGAGACUUCUGGUUUCCUAAGGGCAUUACUUGUAGGGUACUGAAGCCGCAAAAUUUUAUGAGGCAACCCCCGUUCAUUGGCUUAUUUUAUUUACAGUAUAUAGAUAUUUAGUCUACUCGAUAGUAAAUAUGCAGCAAGAACGCUUUAGUAUUUAUUUUUGACUAUAGUUAAUCGUACAGUAGCCGUAGCCAUAAUCUGCAGUUUGUGUUCGUUUACAUGUUAUCUAAAUCUGUGUUUGAAUACAUUUAUACAUUUAAUAAUCAAAAUAUUUUAUGGCACGAUAUUAUCAAAUUCUGCUGCACGAGGAAUAUGAAGAUAAUAAAAUUCUAUUGUGGUGCGAAGGCCAGUUAUCAUUUUUAACCAACUUCAGAUAGCGUAACCAGGCCUAUUUUUAAUUCAUAUUGACGCAUCUAAUCCUUUUUUGAUAGAUAAGAAACACCUCAUUUUAUUUACUUAAGCCAUUUUCCUUUUUGAACAUGUGAACUGACCACCUUUACUAUUCCGUUGUCUCACGUGAAGCAAUUGCAUGAAAAUAAGAUUUUGUCGUCAUUUUGUCGCAUUUUAGCACAAAAGCAAAACAUAUUCCAAGUCCGUCUGUGUAAGCACCUUAUAUCAAGUGUAAGCACCUUAAGUCAAGAUUC